AUGGCGUACAAUACAUCAUCUGAUUCUAUUGAUGAAAUUGGUAUGGUGCACCCCGAUAAUAUCUUAAGAGAAUUAAUUCCUUCAGUCGAUGUUUCUCCAAAUGUUGAAGGGGUAGUCGUAAAGGCAGUAGAUGUUGGCGGUGACUUUAAUAACAAGCAAGAGUUUGAUGGUCGGGAAAGCAUGCUCACAUGGAUUCGUAGGAAUGCAACUGACCUUGGUUUUGGUGCGGUAAUAGGAAGAUCGGAUUAUGGUACGACAAGAAGAAAUGUUUUCGUAACAAUGUUGUGUGAAAGAAGCGGGAAAUACCAUCCUUCUCUAAGGAAAUUUAAAAGAGAUGACACGGGUACUAGAAAAUGCGAGUGUCCAUUUAAAAUCCGUGGUUACAUGGUGGCUAGCAAGAAGUGGAGAUUUAAUGUUAUUUGUGGUUUGCAUAACCAUGACAUGUGCGGGAAAUUACAAGGACAUCCUAAUGUAUGUCAGGUCAGACCGGAAGAGAAGACAUGUGUUAAUGACAUGUCAUUGAAUCUUGUCCAACCGAAAAAUAUACUUACCACGUUGAAACGGAAGGAACCCGACAACAUAUCAAAUAUAAGGCAAGUAUAUAAUAUCCAAUACUGCAAUAAUAAGGCGGUUAAGGAAAAUAGAAGUGAGAUGCAACAACUGUUAAAGAUGUUGGAUGAUAGCAAAUACGUGUCGCGUAAGGUUAAAUCCGCGGUCGAGACAAAACAAGUAGAGACCAAUGGUGGAAAAUCGGUGAAGCCCGGUGUGAUUGUUGAACAAAUAAUGGAUGCAUGGACUCGUAUUGUGAAGGAGAAGUUUGUGUGUGCGUGGACCAAUAAUGUCCGACACCUUGGGAAUACAACCACCAAUAGAGUUGAAUCGACACAUGCUAGUUUGAAAAAUUGGUUGGCUAAUAGAAAGGGUGACUUGUGUCGAGAUUGGGACACCGUAAAUUUCAAGAUCAAAAACCAACAUAAUGAGAUACAAACCACUUUUGGUCAGAGCAUUACGGUGUUGGAACAUCGAUUUUGGGACAACAUUCUUUAUUGUCAAUUGAUCGGUAAUGUGUCUCGGGUCAGGUUAAACUAUAUUUUUCACGAGGCCAAACGAGGUGAAAUUGUCGGUUCCGAUAGUGUAAAGUGUGGUUGCACUAUUACUAGAACGUAUGGUCUCCCGUGUGUAUGUGUUAUUGCAAAAAAAGCGAGACUAGGUGAGCCAAUAAGAAUGGAAGAAGUUAUCCCUCAUUGGAAAAGACUUAGUUUUCAUGAUGAUGGUUGUGUCGAAGGAGAAAAAUCGACUAUCUCUAUUACUUCCGAAUUGGAAGCGAUACAAGAGAGGUUUUCGAAGGCCGAUGACAAUAUGAAACUCCACAUCAAAGAAAAAUUGCGGAAGAUUGGAUAUCCCGAAACAACCGACAUGAAACCGCCGUCUCAACCGGUUAAGACAAAGGAUGCUCCCAAGAAAUUGAAGCCUACACCGAAUGACAACUCGACUACACGGUCUCCUUCUUAUUGUGAGCAUAUCGAUAAACUUUUUCCCGACUCACCGACUCCUAAACCUCAAAAAACUCAAAAAAGUUCAAACAAAGGAGAUCGCAUAAGCAAACCGCCUCCGACACCUAUUCCACUUAAAAUUCCAAUUAUUGAAGAGAUGCCUAUUUUAUCGAAAAUUCCAUUCAUCGAAGAGAUGAAAGUUUUUAUGCACCCUUACAUCGUGUAG